UUCGCAACCGCACUAUUAUAGACGUUUACCGGAAUCGAGACGUGUUUCUGUAGAAAAAAAAACACGUUUCAGGUUUUUCUUUUUAAAUUCUCGAGGGUGACUCUAAUUUGGUGAAAGUGUAAAAUUAUUUUUUGUGAAAUAAAUUGUUGCAGGAGCACGGAGCAGCGUCGAGCGAGCGACUGUGAACAACACUGCGCGUUUUGUAAAACUCCGCGUAGUAACGAAGCUUGUUAGCGUACUUUAGUAAGAAGAUUGUCUGCAGGAGCGAAGACACCUUCAGAACGAGAGAACAAAUGGAACUAAUGAGUUCCUUGUUGUUCUGCGCGCUAGUCGUACAUUUCCCGCAAGCGUCAGGGGAUAAACGCGUAAGACGGCUAAGACUAGCAGAUAUAGAUAUAAAAUAUAACAACUCGAUGAUGAUUAACCAAAUGCCGAUGCCAAAAAAGAUACUUUUAAACAUUAACGGACCACCCUUGGUAAAUAUACUCAGUGAUCUACAAAUGGUUUUUAUGGAUGUGAAAUGUAGAAGAUGUAUCGAUUGUAUGGAACGAGCAAUCAAAGCCUAUAAGUCUCAAUAUCACGUUUUAAAAUCUCGACCAAGAUCGGACGAAUUACAUGAAGAAGUAUUAAGAAAUCGUUACGUAUAUAGUGUGCGUAACAAGAGAGAAAUAGCGAAAGAAACGCCACACACAACUACUCCAAAAACUAAAAGAAGUAAAUCAAAGAAGAAAGCUACAAAAUCGGUGACGGUAACUAAAUACGUUGACGGAGAGGUUUACGCGUUAAAAGUUAAAGAAACGAAUACACAAGUGAACGCAGAACAAAAUAACGUGACUCAUUCGACAACUUGUCAAAUUUAUAGUGUCAAGAAAUCGUACCCUUGUGACAGUCCCGAGUCUAUCACAUUUUUGGCCAUCGCUAAAAGAAAGGUGAAUAAGAAAAUGAAGAAAGACAAGGAAAGACAGAGACUAAAUUCAUUAAUAACAACUACGACUACUACAGAAAAGCCUAGUUUUUUAGCUCCAGCGUAUAAGAAACGACAUGUAGACAACUCUCAAGUUCCAGAAAAUUUUAUGCCUUCAAUAGAAGAAUUAUAUUAGUAUAGCGCGUAGGUGAUAGUAUAAAUUUAUUUAUAAGUUAUUUAUGUUAGUAUUUUAGACAGUCAUUAAAUGCUUUUCUCAUUGAUUACACAUUUUCUGUUCUAAUACAGAAAAGUCUAGUCAAAAUUGUUUCUUUUUUUUCCAUUGUGCACCUAUAUUCUUUUCGUAUCACAAUAUUUUAUCAUUCGUAGAUAGUUUCCUAUUAAAUUUUGCAUUGUAUAAUUUAGUACAUUCAUUUUUUUUAUAUGUUCAUUGAAAAAUAAAAACCAUGGCUAGAUCAAGAAA